CGAUCUAUUUAUUUGCAUUAGUAAACACUUCGGGGAAACAUUUUAAUCAUGUUGAUUUCGAAGCAGUCUUUCAAUAGCACUUGAUUUUUGCAGAACAACUAUCUACUGUAACUACAGGACAGGGGGAUUCAGCUGUCAUUUCAACCCUUCUCACUGUGGAGAGGCGACGCGUCUUGCUUUCACGUCACGAAGUAAAUAGCGGACAGGGCAGCACAAUCAUUCGGGGCAAUGAGGAAAUGGACAUCUGAUUCGUGAUUGACUCGUUGGACAGCUCCGAAUCUCGUUUUAUUGAGUCAGAGAAAACAUAAUCGAGUUUGCCAUGGGCCCGGUUCUCUUCGUGGCUGGAGUGUGUCUGCGUCGUUACCUUCGACCUCGGCCAAGCCAGAGCUGGUGUUCCCCACACCAUGUGAAACUCACUGAGAAGGAGCGAGCGCUGGCCCAUUUCUAUGGCUUUGUCUACUUCAGACAAGUCGAGGACGCCACCGUCAAAAGAGGCUACUUUCAGAAGUCUCUUGUACUGGUGUCCAGACUACUGUAUGCCCACCUCUUUCAGUCCUUGCUGCAGAUCAUAGCUCCAGAGUAUUUUGAGAAGUUGGAACCUCACCUUGAAGCAGUGUGCAACGAGAUUGACCAAUGGCAAUCUCCGGUGCCAGGGCUGACACUCAACCUACCUGUGAUGGGCGUGGUCAUGCAGGUCAGGAUCCCAUCCAAAAACGACAAACCUGGGGGGAGCCCGGUGAAACGAGCACAAAAGGAGGUGUUUCCAGUCCUUCCUGAUCCACCUGCAGAUCCUCUGGGAGCUCAUGCUGAUCGGGGAGCCCGUGGUCAUCAUGGCACCCUCUCCUACUGUCUCCUCGUAAACUGUGCUGGCCCUAGCGAGCUCGAUUGCUCCACUGCAGUAUUGCUGUGAUUACAGGCCCUAUUUCACCAUACACGACACUGAGUUUAAGGAGUAUACCACUACGACACAGGCACCGCUUACUCUAAACACUGUGUUUAUACUCUGUCAUACCCAAGGGGCAAGUCAACUCACCCUGCUCCCUUUCUCUCGACCCUCCAGUCCCUAUGUGAUUCUGGGGUCACUAAUCCCUUCUUCAUAAAGACCUUCCAAGUUCUGGCCCCACAUUUUACGCCUUGGAGAACUCAAGAUGUCAGGUGACCUGCCUGUGAAGGUGAAGAAACUAGCCAAGCUGAAAACACUGGACACUAAGUCAGGUAAAACAUCUGGAGUUAUGGAACCAACAUGGUUUGAGAGAGUGAGUUGGUGUGUAAAAACAUGUUCUCCCAACCUGUAGGUAUCUACACGGCACAUAAAAUAUUCCUUCAAAAAGACAAGUCUCAUCAAAAGACUCCUUAAAGGGAUCCAGAGGAAGAGGUGCAGAGUGCCAUCUUGAGGAGACAUCUGUUAGAACUCACCCAGAGCUUCAUCACCCCACUGUUGAGGGGACUGCCUUCCCUACCACACAUCCAUCCCACCCCUAUAUAGACUGUCUGUCCUGCUGCAUGCUGUGUGUCUCACCUGUCUCCCCCAGGAACGCUACCUGGCCAGCCUGAUGCCUCUGCUAGAGGUCUGUGACUCCUUGGAAGACCCCUCAGAUCCGUUUCCUUCAGUCAAGAGGAGUUCAUGGGGACGCUGGACCUCGGCUCACCUCUGUGCACAAAGGGGAUUGGGUGGGUCUGUCCACCUGCCACCUCAUCUGUCAUUUCUAAGUAUUGUAUCUAGUUGUGGCACAUAUUUUUCAAACAAAUCAUCCAUAAUGCAUUGCACUUUGAUGUAUGGCCUAGUAGGAAAUUCUUCAGGUCCCCCAACUUCGAUGGCUGGUAUCGCCUGCGACACGGAGAUGGCCCAGAAACCAGAAUGUCUCCACCUAGAGGUUACAUUUACAUUUAAGUCAUUUAGCAGACGCUCUUAUCCAGAGCGACUUACAAAUUGGUGCAUACACCUUAUGGUUGUCUGUGAUGCUGUGAGUUUAUCCCCACAACCUUGUUCACUCACACCUAAAGACAUUAGUUUAACUCGACUUACAGAGCAUCAUGUGACCAAUAAACUCAACCACACGACUCCACUGACUUUAAUUCAGUUAGGAGUCCUUUCCCUACCCAUAAGAGUUGGUUCGUUUGAAUGUUUUGUUAAUGAUCUACUCACCCAGGACCUGCUGGGUUGGACCAAAGGCAAGUCAGAGGUGGACCUGCUCCUGAAGCUGAGGGAAACUGAUCAGUAAAACCCAUCAAUAUGUCCAUUACACUCACCUCAACCAUUUGUAACAUGCUAUAUUUAGUGUAAGAAAUUAAUUCUGUGCCACAAACCAUUGCGUACUAUAGUCUGUCUGUCCCCCAAUCCAGAUGAAGGCUGGAAAGCAGCAGCUCCCAGUGAAGGAAGGGGUGCUGGAGAACCUAGAGGGCUACCUCCAGACUAUCAUCAACUCUGUACCAUAGGACAUGCUGACUGUACUACACAGAUACUGACUCUAACACUGACACACUGCUGAGAUACUGAUGCUGAAGUGUUUUUGUUGUUUUUUUUUGUCUUUUAAAAACAACCUGAAACUGAAAGUAUUGCCAUCAGCCAAACCACUACACCCUCUGAGUAAUAUAAUGUAGCAAACUAGAAGUUUAGGUGAUAUUAGAAACAUGGCUAAUAUUUUAAUUAUGCUAAUUAUGACAAUAAUAUUAGAUCAAGGGGAAUAGAGAGUAGUUGAAAUGUAGACUUUAUGAGAUUAUGCCUUCACUAAGUAUCCUGAUUAUUACUAGUGGGAUUGAAGCAUAUACCUGUGGAGAGGGACAUGUUUGAGUAUAGCCUUUUGCUCUAUUAUCUAUUCCAGCUAUUCAGAUGUAACAUGCAUAGUUGUUAGCGUAAAAUAUAACUAUCAUAUUUUAAAACUCCUGUCAUUAAACACAUAAAAGGGGUAAAUUACAUUUAAGUGACUACAUUUUGAGGCUUUCAUCAAUCUCAGUAUUUUCUAUUGAUCAAGCACAAAUAAGUCAUACUACAUUGAAACACCUCUAAAUAGCCAGGUUACAAAAUCUUAAGAGUUUAGUUUAUGUACAAAGGUAUGUGGACACCCCUUCAAAUUAGUGGCUUUGGCUAUUUCUGCUACACCCGUUGCUGACAGGUUUUUUUAAAAUCGAGCAAACAGCACUGCAAUGUCCAUAGACAAACAUUGGUAGUAAAAUGGCCUGUACUGAAGAGCUCAGUGACUUUCAAUGUGUCCCCAUCAUAGGAUGCCACUUUUCCAACAAGUCAGUUUGUCAAAUUUGUGGAAACGUCUAGGUGCAACGACAGCUCAGCUGUGAAGUAGUAGUCCACACAAGCUCACAGAACGGGACCCCCGAGUGCUGAAGCGUGUAGAAAUUGUCUGUCCUCGGUUGCAACACUCACUACCGAGUUCCAAACUGCCUCUGGAAGCAACGUCAGCACAAUAACUGUUAGUCGGGAGGUGAGUUUCCAUGGCUGAGCAGCCACACACAAGCCUAAGAUCACUAUGCGCAAUGCCAAGCGUCGGCUGGAGUGGUGUAAAGCUCGCCGCCAUUGGACUGGAGUGGUGAAUCAUGCUCCACCAUCUGGCAGAUGAAUCUGGUUUUGGCGGAUACCAGGAGAACCCUACAUUCCCCAAUGCAGUGCCAACUGUAAAGUUUGGUAGAGGAGGAAUAAUGGUCUGGGGCUGUUUUUCAUGGUUCGGGCUAGGCCCCUUAGGGAAAUCUUAACGCUUACGACAUUCUAGACGAUUCUGUGCUUCCAACUUUGUAGCAAGUUUGGGGAAGGCCCUUUCCUGUUUCGGAAUGACGAUGCAUAAAGCGAGGUCCAUACAAAAAUGGUUUGUCAGGAGCAGUGUGGAAUAACUUAAGUGUCCUGCACAGAGAGCCCUGACCUCACUAAUGCUCUUGUGGCUGAAUGGAAGCAAGUCCCCACAGCAAUUUUCUAACAUGUAGUGGAAAGCCUUCCCAGAAGAGUGGAGGCUGUUAUUGCAGCAAAGGGACCAACUCUAUGUCAAUGCCCAUGAUUUUGGAAUGAGAUGUUCGACGAGCAGGUGUCCACAUACUUUUGGCCAUGUAGUGUACUUGGUGCACAGUAGACAUGGCUGAAACUGCACUUAUUUCUUUAAUGUUAUAGUGGUCAACGAGUGCAUAGAACACACGUAAUACAUGCAUCAUCUCUUGUGGGUAUAGGCAGUUUUUUUUGUUUGAAGUUGAUAGUGCCAAUCCUAGCCAAAGCCACACCAGCUCCAAGCUAAUUCUGCUAAGAUAUUCAUCCAUCAGCUAACAUCUUUCUCCAACCUUUAUUACAUUGCCGGUUACCAGUGAACGUAAAACGAAUGCAGCUGAUCAGGGCUUCUACCUCAUUCACUGCACUCCCGUUUGUCUGUCUACUAGGCCUGUGUUUACAUAGGCAGUCCAAUUAUGAUCCCCCCCCCUAAUUCGUCUUUUGACCAAUCAGCUCAGAUGUGAAAAGAUCUGUGAUUGGUCAAAAGACUAAUUAGUGGAAAAAAAUAUCAGAAUUGGGCUGCCUGCAUACACACAGCCCUAUUGUUUCUCAAAUAGGUACAGUAUAUGUGGUACUUAAAUACUUUUUCUUCAGUUUGUUUUGUGAAGUACUGUAAUGGCAUUUGGUCACUAGGGAAGCAGUAAACUGCAGUUUUCAUACGAGUAUUGAUAAUACUGAUAUACUAUUUGGAUCCUGGUGUUUACUUAUUUAUAAUAACCUAUAGUUAUUUUUUAUAUUUAAAAAAAUGGUUUCUGAUGCAAAUAUACCGUUAGCGUUACUAAUAAAAUGUGGAAACAG